CGCGAACCAGGAUGUAAAUAAAACAUUGACAUUAGCCUCUAAGUUAAUCACAGAUGCAACGCAGGCUCCCACAGACAAUAAUCAUAUUGCCUAUGAUGAGAGCUCAUUUCAUCCUGUGCGUAAUUCUACAAUGUGUGAGUCAAGGCAGCUCGCAGCUGCACCAUUAUCGCCAUUUCGGGUGCCAGAAAAGCUUCAGGAACACAUAGCGGCGGAAGCGAAUGUUGCAAUAACAUCGCCAUUACGGGUUCGGCUUAAGCGAAUAAGAACACAUCGGCUUAAAGAGGAAGCUAUUCCGGAAAAGCCGUCCACAUUAGAAGAACAUUUCUUAGCUGCACCAUUAUCGCCAUUACGGGUGUCAGCAAAGCUUCAGGAAAACAUAGCGGCGGAAGCGAAUGUUGGAAUACCAUCGCCAUUACGGGUUCGGCUGAAGCGAAUGAGAACAUAUCCGCUUAAAGAGGUAGCAGUGCAGGAAAAGCCGUCCACAUCAGAAGAACCAUAUCGCUUCUUUCAUCGAGAUCAACCCCCAACACGAACACGUUCGUCAGUCACGCGGGAUGUCUAUAAUUUUCUUACACAGUUUGGUGAGGAAAAUAGUAUUUCGGACCACCAGCCAGAUGUAGCUGCUGACAUAAUAAAAAAAAUGGUUGACGAUGGCCGGGCAAAUUUGGUCUCUCUCAAAAAUGGCAAAUGGAGAACGCACGCGGUGAAGAAAAAAAAACGACGACCGAUUGGCAAGAGAAAACAAUGUUCACUGCAGAGCAUCGCUGAAAAGGAAAAAUCAAUGCCAGAGGUAGCUGCAAAAAAGCGAAUGCCUACUGACCAGCGUCCAUUAUCACCCAUUUAUGAACCGGAAGUGGGUACCGACGAUGAUCAUGCUGCUGAACAGCAAUUUGUAGCUCCAGCAACACCACAACCUCUCACACGUGACAGUGUCUCAAAUAAUGCCCACAGAACGCUACCAGAAGGCGCAUAUAGUCCUUUCGCGCGAUCCUUGCUUAUUAAUCGUGCACACGAUUCUUUAGAAAAACGACGACACUUGGUAACCAUGGCUCAACAAAUCAUAAGCACGCCAUUACCUCGCAAAAGUGUUAAUCUAACAGCUAAUAAUAAAACAGCAAUUUCACCCAUUAUUAGUGCAGAUAGUAACGAUAUUAGAAAGAAGAGUAACCGUAUUUCGCCAUGGCGUGUGUCUGACGAGACAAAACUACCUAAUACAUUUGUAUUUGGCUUAAAUACAUCACACUCUCCCUCAUAUUCCAGUGACCACAUACCCAAACGUCAUGUAUAUCUGCCGGAGGAGUCUGCACCAGCUCCAGCCGCAGCAGAGCUGACGCUAAUUGCCAACAAUUCAGUGCAGAGGGAUCAAGAACAUAGCCUUCCAUCUAAUGAUUCAAAUGGUGAAAAGCUGCCACCGCUGCCAGAAAUUUCAUCUUUCAAUAAUGAGAAUGAUCCAGCUCCAGCCGCAGCAGAGCUGACGCUAAUUGCCAACAAUUGUGUGCAGAGGAAUCAAGAACAUAGCCUUCCGUCUAAUGAUUCAAAUAGCGAAAACUUGCCACCGCUGCCAGAAAUUGUAUCUUUCAAUAAUGAGAAUGAACCACCUCUAGCCGCAGCCGAGCUGACGCUAAUUGGCCAGAAUGAUUCAAAUGGCGAAAACUUGCCACCUCUGCCAGAAAUUUCAUCUUUCAAUAAUGAGAAUGAAAACUCUGAGAAUCUUUUGCAAAAGCCAAAUGUAAGACGAACACUACAGCCCCGAGUGCCCUUUAAGGAUAUAACAAUAUUAGAAGUACAGGAAUUGUCGCCAUGGAAGAACAAAGCGGCGGAAAAAUCCCAUUCAAGAUUUGAUGAAACCACUAAUGACAAUGGAGCUGCUCACAGUCCAACUAAGCCACAUUUGAAUCCAAGCCGACUAUCACGAAAUCUAUUUGGAUUUGAAGAGUUUCUUAGCUUGCAAGAGAAUAAGUCCCACAUGGACGAAGCCACUAAUGGCAAUGGAGCUGCUUACAGUCCAACUAAUCUACAUCAAAACAGUGCUAUUCAUUUGAAUCAAAAGAAGCAAUCCCGAAAUCUAUUUGGAUUUGAAGAGUUUCUUAGCUCGCAAGAGGAUGAGUCUUACAUGGCGCCACAUGACGCCAGCCAGAAUGUCACGCUACACGAGAAACUGCAUCGGCUAAAAGAGUUACGGCCCACAGAGCAGGAACUGCCACAAGUGUCAAAGGCAGCUAUGCCAAAUGCUUUUAAUGAUGCAUUGAAUACCAGGCAGCGCAAUAUUAAAGAUAUGCUCUGCUCCACUAUGUUGCCAGUGAGACCUAACAUAGCUCCGGCAGCAAACGAGUCCGCUGGCUUGUUUACGGAUUUUGAGAAUUCAAAUGCCACAUUUGAUAGAACGCUGGUCAGACGCACCUACGUUCGGGAGCAGCCGAAGAGGAAACGCAAGCAGCGGGUUAAGUUGCUUUUUAUUGACACGGAUUCUUCGGAUAACGAGCAGGACUCGAAUGAGGACUCUCCGGUAAAGCGCGCACCGCCACACAAGCGACUUAAGGAUAUCCAGCACGAGCAGGAGCUGCAACAGUUUAUUACCAGUUUUAAUCAGGAGUGUGCAGAAGUGGAAAAAUUUCCAGUGAUCAUCGAAUAAAAGUUUAAUUUGGUAGCUUUUUUUU